AUGCUUCAUCGACGACUGAUAUGGUGGAGCAAAGCAAUCUACAAACUUACAUUGUUCAUGUUAACUUGCCCGAACCAAGUUCUCACAAAUUCCGAAGACUUGGAAAGUUGGUAUCAAUCAUUUUUGCCCGCAACCACCACAAGCUCAAACGAAACACCGCACAUAAUUUACUCGUACCGUAAUGUGGCCACCGGAUUUGCGGCCAGAUUGUCCCCGGAGGAUGUCAAAGCCAUGGAAAAGAAGGAUGGCUUCUUGGCCGCCCGGCCCCAAGAAUUAUUGUCUUUGCAUACAACUCACACUCCGAACUUCUUGGGGUUGCACCAAAAUUUGGGCUUUUGGGAUAGCUCAAAUUAUGGUAAAGGUGUGAUUAUUGGAGUCUUGGAUACUGGAAUACACCCUAGCCAUCCUUCAUUCAACGAUGAAGGGAUGCCACCUCCGCCUGCUAAAUGGAAGGGAAAGUGCGAACUCAAUGGCACUUUUACUUGUAAUAACAAGCUCAUUGGUGUAAGGAAUUUUCUCAGUGGAUCAACUGAGAUAGCUUUCGACGAUGAUGGACAUGGCACACACACAUCAGGCACAGCUGCUGGAAACUUUGUGAAAGGUGCCAAUGUGUUUGGCAAUGCCAAUGGCACUGCAGUUGGCAUUGCGCCUCUUGCUCACUUAGCUAUUUACAAAGUAUGUGAAGUUCGUUGUGGUGGCAGUGACAUAUUGGCUGCAAUGGACGCUGUUAUUGAGGAUGGUGUUGAUGUGCUUUCCCUCUCACUUGGUGGAUUGUCCCGUCCUUUCUACGAUGACAAUACCGCAGUUGGUGCAUUUAAUGCAAUGCAAAGGGGCAUUUUUGUGAGUUGUUCGGCUGGUAAUCGAGGUCCACUUAGCUCAUCAUUGUCGAAUGAGGCCCCAUGGAUUCUCACUGUUGGUGCAAACACUAUUGAUAGAAGCAUAAGGGCAACUGCAAUACUAGGAAACAAAGAGGAAUUCAACAGCGAAUCACUUUUUCAGCCUAAAGAUUUCACUUCAACUUUGUUGCCACUGAUCUACUCAGGAAUGAAGGGUAGCCAAUGCAUUGCAGGAUCAUUGAACAACAGUGAUGUCCAAGGGAAAAUAGUGUUAUGUGAGGUUGGAGGUGGGGUAUCAAAUAUUGCCAAAGGACGAACAGUGAAGAAUGCUGGUGGUGCCGCAAUGAUUCUCAUGAACCUAGAUUCCAGUGGCUACAGUACAUCAGCUGAAGCUCAUGUCCUUCCUGCGACACGUGUGAGUUAUGCUGACGGAUUAAAGAUCAAAUCCUAUAUAAAUUCCACAGCAAGGCCAAUGGCUACAAUCUUAUUCAAAGGAACUAUUAUUGGAGCUAAUAAUGCUCCAAUGGUUUCUUCCUUCUCUUCCAGAGGCCCUAGCCGUGCAAGCCCAGGAAUUCUGAAGCCAGACAUUAUCGGCCCCGGUGUGAACAUUCUUGCAGCAUGGCCUUUCUCUGUGGAAAACAACACCGAUACGAAUUUGACGUUUAACAUAAUCUCGGGUACUUCCAUGUCAUGUCCUCAUCUCAGUGGCAUCGCAGCUUUGCUCAAAAGUGCACACCCUGAUUGGUCUCCCGCUGCCAUCAAGUCCGCGAUCAUGACUACUGCUGAUCAGCUAAACCUUGAUAAUAAGCCCAUUGUUGAUCAAAGGUUGACUCAAGCAGACUUUUUUGCAACUGGUGCAGGCCAUGUAAACCCAUCAAGAGCAAAUGAUCCAGGGCUUGUUUACGACAUCGAUCCUGACAAUUACAUACCUUACUUAUGCGGCUUGAAUUAUACAAACCAACAGAUUGGCAUAAUCACACAACAAAGGGUGAAUUGUUCAACAGAAUCCAAAAUUACUGAAGCACAACUAAACUAUCCUUCAUUUGCUAUCACACUUGGGUCUACAAACCAGACAAAUACCAUGACGGUAACUAAUGUUGGCGACGCUACUUCAUCUUUCGCUGUUGAGAUUGUUCUACCACUAGGAGUUGAUGUGAGUGUUGAGCCCUAG